AUGCUGGUGCGAAAAAAGAUAAUAGUCUUCGUUUCCACAGCGGACAGCGCGGAAUUUCAUUAUUUCUUGUUGUCGAGACUAAAAUCCCCUUUUGCUGGAGUGCGAAAGGGCGGACGAAACUACGGCCUUCCUCAGCAGCGCGCCCACCGAUAUAGUCUAAAAAAACGGACGGAAGAGGCCAACAGGCACACCUAUGACGAUAGCGAGGAUGUGGUGACUUUUGACGAAGACUCGGACAAUGAGGAUGAGGGUGAGACACAAACGCUUUCAGAAACAAAUGCCAUACUCGACGUCAACAUAUUUAAACUGCAUGGCAAUAUGACGCAGGUUGACCGCGCCUCCGUUUUUCACGCCUUCAAGGAUGUCGAUAACAGCGCUCGCUGCAGUGGUAAGGGCGUUCUUUUCUGCACGGACGUGGCUACCCGGGGGUUAGACAUGCCCAAGGUGGACUGGAUUGUACACUACGAUCCACCAACCGAUCCAGCUUGCUAUGUGCACCGCAUUGGUCGCACCGCUCGCAUUGGAAACGUUGGCGAUUCCAUGCUGUUCCUCAUGCCGCACGAGGAAGGGUAUGCCUCUUACUUGAGCAACUUUAUCGCAAGUGAGAGUAAGGCGACUUCCGGAGGGGACAAGACGCCUCUAGCACUUAUUGAAGAGAAGAAGUAUGAGUCGUUCUUGUUCUACCUCACAAAACUUGAUCCAAAGGCCAACCACAUGUGGAUGCACAGCACAGCUACUCUGGAGCGCGCCAUCAGUCGCCUUGUCAUGAAGAGAGAUGCAGAUGCAGGCAGCUCCAUGGACGAUGAUGACGGCAAGAAUGAUGAUCUCACACGACUUGCUUUGUUUGCGUACCAGUCGUAUAUACGAGCUUAUUCGGGUCACUCCAGGGAACUUAAGCGGCUUUUCUUUGAUUCCGAUUCCCUUCACCUUGGCCACGUUGCGCAGAGCUUCGGUGUUGACAAGAAACCGAGUGAGGUUCGAAUGCAGCUUCAGAGUAUUAUCCGAGAGGACAGGAAGAUUUCCAGAGAAACUUCUUCCCGUGCGGUAGAGGAAGUAAAUGGAAGACCUCGAAAGAGGCUACAGGUGGAGGUACGCAACGACGAUCGGUACCGAAGCACAGUUGUUCAGAAGCAGCGUAAAGUGACGCGCGACUGGUACGAGCGAAAGAAGCGCGAUGAGCCAACACACAGGGCACUUCAUUUUACGGAAUUUGACGCGUAA